CCUGUCAAUUCAUCAUUAUUUUAUCACACAUUUAACCAAACAGUAUCAUAUUACCUUUUAACUGUAGUUACAGUAAUAAUUAAUAAAGCACUGGAUCUUUCUGUGUGGAGUUUGCAUGUUCUCCCCGUGACUGCGUGGGUUCCCUCCGGGUACUCCGGCUUCCUCUCACCUCCAAAGACAUGCACCUGGGGAUAGGUUGAUUGGCAACACUAAAUGGUCCCUAAUGUGUGAAUGUGAGUGUGAAUGUUGUCUGUCUAUCUGUGUUGGUCCUGUGAUGAGGUGGCACCCUUCUGCAUGCGACGAGACGAACUGACGGUGAUCCAGGGGUGUUUGCUAUGGGGCAGUAGAGUGGUGGUGCCUCCAGCGUUGAGACCGCAGCUUCUGAAGGAACUACAUGCCGGGCACCCAGGCAUGGUCAAGAUGAAGGCCAUUGCACGGAGCCAUGUCUGGUGGCCGGGGUUAGACGCCCAGAUUGAACAGCAGGCCAGGACAUGCUCUACGUGUCAACGGAACCAAAAGAACCCGGCGCUCUCCCCACUACACACCUGGCCGUGGCCGGGAUCUCCAUGGCAACGGAUCCAUGUGGACUUUGCAGGGCCGUUCGAAGGACACAUGUUCUUGGUGGUGGUAGAUGCGUACUCUAAGUGGCCGGAAGUACAGGUGAUGAAAACGACGACGACGGAGAAGACUGUACAGGCCCUGAGGAGUAUGUUUGCCCGCAACGGAGUACCAGAGACACUGGUUAGUGACAAUGGGCCACAAUUCACAGCGGCAGAGUUCGGGGCAUUUCUCCGGGCAAACGGAGUGAAGCACAAAAGGUCAGCGCCGUUUCACCCCGCCACGAACGGUCAAGCAGAGCAUUUUGUGCAGACGCUGAAGCGUUCAUUGAAAGCGUCUAGGGGAACAUUUACGCUGCAACAUCGAGUGGAGGCAUUUUUACUCAGCUACAGGAAUGCGCCUCACAUGACGACGAGUGAGUCUCCGGCUAUGCUCUUCCUGCGCUGUCGGCUCCGCUCUCGCUUGGACCUUGUGAAGGCGAACGUGUCGGCUACGGUGGAGCUGGCGCAGGAGGGCCAACGAGAACGCAGAGAUCUGGUGGCUAAGGACAGACGGUUUGCAGUGGGGGAGGCCGUGCUGGUGCGUGAUUAUCGACGGGGGGAGGAGAAGUGGAUGCCUGGACUGGUGGCAUCACAAGAGGGACCGGUAUCCUACUCCGUGGAUGUGGGGGCAGGCGCACUCUGGAGACGUCACACAGAGCAGAUGAGAGCCGGUGACCGUGCGCUUUUGGUUCCCACUGGUCCAGAGCAACCAGCUGUGCCGAGUGAACUGACAAUUGGGGCCCAGACGGUUGCUCCCCCCCCUUCUCCGGCAAGAGGGGAUGCUCUGGGAACCGGGACAGUCGCCCCCGAGCCAGGAGGGUCACCCAGACGGACAGCGGAUGUUGGCGCGCCAGGCCGGAGGUAUCCACUCCGGGUUACCAGAGCUCCAGACCGCCUAAUCUCUGAACUGGGGGCGUGGGUUGUUAGAGAGUCAUGUCACGUUUUGGGGCAGAAUAAUCCCCGUUGA